UGUGAACACAACAGGAAGAGGAAACAGCUAGCACGCACGUGAAGUAGUCCUCUUCGUAAACACACAUCCAAGACGAGAUGGAGAUCACAGACGUCCCUGUCUCUAAAAGUGGCAAAAGUAAGAAAAAGAAUAAAAACGAUAAUCAGAAGAGGGACGAGCAGGCAGAUGACAUGGGGGUUCGCGGCGUCGAAGUGAAAGAAGAGACGAAGGAGGCCACCGUCGCUUUCCCACCAACAUUCAGUGUGUCCGAAAUCAAGAAUAAACAGCGAAGACAUGUCAUGUUUAUGAAACUAAAGCAGGAGAAAAGAAAGCAAAAGAUGGAGCUGAAGAAAAAGCGGAAAAGAGAGCAAAAAGCUCUCGGUGACAAGGCACCGCCAAAACAAGUCCCCAAGACGAUAGAGAACCAGAGAGUCUACGAUGAGACGACGGUGGACCCAGACGAUGAAGAGGUCGCGUUUGAUGAAGCAACAGAUGAAUUUUCCGCCUACUUCAACGGGCUCACAAGCCCCAAAGUUCUCAUCACAACGUCGGACAGACCCAGAGGGAGGACGGUGAAGUUCUGCGAGCAGCUGGCCACGGUCAUCCCAGACGCCCACGUCUACUACAGACGUGGCUUGGCCCUGAAGAGGAUCAUUCCCCAGUGUGUCGCCAGGAACUUCACAUACCUCCUGGUCAUCAACGAGGACCGCAAAGUGCCCAAUGGGAUGGUUCUUUGUCACCUGCCCGAAGGUCCCACCGCACACUUCAAGGUCAGCAGCGUUCGACUACGCAAGGAGAUGAAGAGGCGCGGAAAGGAGCCGACGGAGCAUUUUCCAGAAGUGAUUCUCAACAACUUCACCACACGUUUGGGCCACGGCGUGGGCCGAAUGUUUGCAGCUCUCUUCCCUCAGAAUCCGCAGUUUGUGGGUCGGCAGGUGGCCACCUUCCACAACCAGAGGGACUUCAUCUUCUUCCGAUUCCACAGGUACAUCUUCAAGAAUGAGAAGAAGGUCGGCAUUCAGGAGCUGGGACCUCGCUUCACCCUCAAGCUUCGCUCUCUGCAGAAAGGCACCUUCGAUUCAAAGUUUGGAGAGUACGAGUGGGUCCUGAAGCGCCAUGAAAUGGAUGCCUGCAGGCGCAAAUUCCAGCUGUGAAUGCAAAAAAACAUUUCUUCCCAGAUGACACAAGGACACCACUGUUUGUAUUCCCUCGCUUCUUUGUGAUCUUCACGCUUAGGGGGCACUCACAUGAGGCCGGUCCUACCGUGCCUGGGUCCGCUUCACGCUUGACCAGCGUGAGCACGCUGAUAUCUGCCUGGACUGGGACAGGUAAAGGUAGGCGGGGGCAGGGUGCGGCAUAGAGUGGCUGCAAUGCAAACUGGCGUCACCAUUCAUAAUAUGAAUAAAAUACAAAGACUCCAAAUGAAUCAACUAGAUUCACAGUCAUUUCAUUCAUGCGGUCACUCACUCGUAAGGCAUUCAUGACAGCCGGCACCUUUCACAGUACAAAUAGAGCGAUGACUACUCCACAUGAGACUAGAAAUAGUCCACAAAGUCAGAGAAAUUGUAGUAAAACGGCAGAAUAGAAGUGAUGACGGGCCAAUUGAACCCACGUCCGUCACGAUAUGAACGUGCGAGUGCGAGUACACUCUUAGUGAAAGCAGCAAUUACGCACUCAUACAUCCAAAGAUGGAUAUUAUACUCAUUAAAAAGGCUUUUCUUGCUAUUUAUUUAUAAAUGAAAAAGAAAUUACCGUAUUAACCCCAAUAUGAGACCAGCCCAAUAUUUUUAACUUGUUUUUGGAAGACAAAUUUUUUUAAAUUGCGUGUUAUGUUGCAUAUCUCAUUUAUUGCGCUUAAUUGGUUCCACCAAGUGCGAUUGCUCAUUUAUAAAUGGAAUAUAUUCCUAGCUGCAACAUAGAAAACCUGUUGAUAACCUUCUAAAUACGCUUUUUAACAUUAUUAGAGCCCUCUAGACAUCAAAUACCCUGCUCAUAUUACUUAUUACAGUAGACAUAAGAGAACAUAAGACAUGAUACAGGCUCUCACACAAACUCCAGCAAACAGGUGGUUUCAUUUACGUUUAUGUAGUAAUCUGGGCUGUCAAAUGAUUAAUCAUUGUAAUCAAAUUAAUCAGAUUUCAAAUGAAUCAUGAUUAAUCACCAUUUGGAACUAUGUGUGACAUAUGCCUUUUUACUGUAUUUUAUGAACACAAACAUAGACACAGUUGUAUAUAUUUGUAUGUCAUGAACUGAAAAUGUAAAUCAAGCUAAAAGAUAGCACACGUCUGAACAUAUAUUUACCCAACUCUAGUCUCUUUAUUAGUAGCACAACACUUUAACCCACCUUAAGAGCCAUGCCAUGUAGUGUUCAAAGACACCAUGGAAUUUUUUACGUUAAAUUCACUGUUUGGCGUGUAGACGGAUUUUGUGAGAUUUCCGAGCAAAUUGUACUUGCGCAUUAAGAGUUACGUGAGUGAGCUGUAAGAAUAUCCACUUACUGUUUUUCUUUGUCUUUAUGUUUAUUUAUUACGACGGAACGUCAGGGCCACAUUGAAAAAAGUAAGAAUCUGAGAUUUUGAGAAUAAAGUCGUAAAGUUGUUAUGAGAAAAAAGUAAUAUUACGAGAAAAUAGAACAUAGCUUUUCAGGAAGGAAUGAAAGCUUCAGGCAAGCUUUUAUUUCUUUAUAACCUGCCUUUUUUUCUUGUUAAUUUAUGACUUUUUGUCUCAUAAGUUUGCAACUUUAUUCUUGUAAAUUUAUGACUUUAUUGUUAAAAUCUGGGAUAUUUUUUUUCCAAUGUGGUGUCCAUGAAUGCAUCUCGCUGUGGUCUUGUGUGGUUCCGAGGAGGACUAGAGACGUGUUUGUGAGUUGGAGAUACAGUACACGUAUUGCACUGCUGGUGAUGUGUUCAGGUCAGAAUAAAGUUGUAAAAGAGCGUCAGCCCUUGUGGGUACACCGUAUGUGCAUCAUCACAGAGGCGUGGCUCGACAUGGUGCGUAUGCGUUUAAUACGAUUAAAAUGGUAACGUAAUGAAUGAAAUAUGCUAGUUACCGCCAUUAACGUGCUGUUUUUAACAGCUCUAAUAGUAAUACCUAUGUACUUGUACAUUAUCAUUACACACAAUCGCUAACUUGUGAACAUACUGCAAACACCCAAAACAACAGGGAAUUUAGGAAUUUGCAAGCCCAAAAACACCUCUAAUAAGCGGACCUGGCAACCCUGAUGAGCUGUCUUUGAAAAGAAUCGUCUUUGAAUGCGUGAGUACAGUACACCAUACAUACCAUUUAAACAUUUUUAUGCUUCAUUUAGGCCCAAAACAUGGCAAAUUUGCCAAAUCUCAUUUGGCACCAACUGUUGAUUUGUUUGUAUAAAUGCACACGAGAGGUGUCUGUUUUAUUUCUUCUAUUUGGGUCAUUAUGGUAUUAUCACUAGUGAGGAUAAGCAGCAUAGGAGACGGAAUGAUGGUAUUGAUCAGUGUACUCUUCACGUGGCUUAGCAGUGUUACUGCUGUGAACUCUCCUAUCAGUGGUGAGUACUGUCGAGUAAAACAAUGAAAUGAAAUGUGAAAGUCAUUUUAUUCAUGAAGUCAGACAUGAAAAACUGUACAAUUCCCAAGGCACGUGUGUCGGGGUAUUUAGUUGGUUUUAAUCAUGUUUUACGUUUACACUUAAUGUGCCACCGUAACACCUGGAAAUGUUUGUCAACCUUACAGUAGGUUAAAAAAUAAUAAUAAUGAAGUGAGCUGCUUGUUUCCAAUUUUCCAUCAACAUUCCUUAGGCGAUUUUAGUCCAGAAUGCAAAACCCGCAGUAAACAUCCACAAGGCAGCACAUUGGUGAAGCGCUGCGGAAAGAAAAUACAUUAUCAACGUUUUUUCAAGUAUAAUUCAGGCGGUAAAUGUAAGGCUCACAGAGGGAGGGGUCGCUGCUAUAAGAAGGAGCAGACUUUCUGCGGUCUGAACGGGUUGUUGCUGGACGACAUGCCGGUGAGCAGGGGGUCCUGCUGGGCGUUCUGAAGACAAAACUGCUGCAGGUCCGCGGCGGCCUGGGACACCUAACGACAUCCAGGAUGAAAAGACUGUUAAAAAGUGUGCCGUUUGUCAUUUUCGGUAUAGUCGUCGCGAUCUUCUUCGCUCAAAGCCAAACACGCCCAAAAAUGAAAAAGAGGCGUAAGCUUGUUUUUUUCUUACCUUUACUCGGUUUAUUCCCGCCUCAAGGCGUAGCUGUUGAACGAUUUUCUUCAUCGCUACGAUGUUGGAUGACCCCGACAUUGUGGUGAUUUAUCCCUUUUGGUCUCGAAACAAUAAAGUUCUUCAACUUGUUGAUAAGAUACUUCUUGAUCAACAAUGGACUUCCGGCUUUUGUGGAGGCGUGGCCUCCACAUGUUGCUUUCAGGGGUUCGGAACACAGUACGAAUUGGCAAAUUCUCA